AAAGAGAAUUGGGGAAAUCAAAGGGGUGCGGAGAGAAAUAAAAGGCCCAAGUGAGGGAAGGCGUGGGUUGUGGGAGUGACGGUGAGGGAAAAGAAGAAGGGAAGCACUGAACUGAGUUGGAAUCGUGGGAACGGGCGAAUCAGAACUCAGAAGAGAUGGAUCCGCUGGAAGCAUUAACUGCCCAAAUCCAAGGGCUCUCGAGCACCCCAGGAGACAUUGCUAGGCUUCACACCAUCCUCAAGCAAGCCGAUGACUCGCUACGAACUGAGUCGACUCGGCUCUUUCCCCUCUUAACCCAACUCGACCCCUCCACUCACUCUCUCGGUUUCCUCUAUGUCCUAGAGGCAUUCGCAUCUGCUCAAAAUUCAAAACAAGACGCUGAGACGGUGGUUCCACUCAUUACCCGAUUCAUCAACGCUUGCGUCGCUGAUCAAAUUCGCUUGGCACCCGAAAAAUUUACAUUGGUAUGUAAGAAGUUGAGGGAGCUAGUAAUGUUGCUUGAAACUCCCAUGCGAGGAGUGGCACCCUUGUUCACUGCUGUUAGGAAACUUCAGCCCUCCACUGAACACUUGACUCCACUGCAUUCGGAGUUUCUUCUGCUUUGCUUGUUGUCAAAGUGCUAUAAAAUUGGUCUAUCCAUAUUGGAGGAUGAUGUUUUUGAAAUAGAACAAAGAAGGGACCUUUUUCUCUACUGUUAUUAUGGGGGUAUGAUAUGCAUUGGACAGAAGCACUUCCGUAAAGCAUUGGACCUUCUACAUAAUGUUGUAACUGGUCCAAUGUCUUCCAUGAAUGCUAUACCUGUUGAAGCUUACAAAAAGUAUAUAUUGGUCUCUCUCAUUCAUCAUGGACAGUCGCAGUUAUCUAUAACACUUCCUAAGUAUGCCUCUUCUGUUGCUCAAAGGAACCUAAAGACUUUUUGUCAGCCUUACAUGGAUUUGGCAAAUAGUUAUGGCACAGCAAAGAUUGCGGAAUUAGAGGCUUGUGUCAAGACAAAUACAGAGAAGUUUGAAAAUGACAAUAAUCUUGGACUGGUUAAGCAGGUUGUAUCGUCCUUGUAUAAGCGAAAUAUUCAAAGAUUGACUCAGACAUACUUGACCCUUUCUCUCCAAGAUAUAGCCAAUUCAGUGCAGUUAAAUAGCCCCAAGGAAGCAGAAAUGCAUGUGCUACAAAUGAUUCAGGAUGGUGAGAUAUAUGCAACAAUCAACCAGAGGGAUGGAAUGGUUAGAUUCUUAGAGGAUCCUGAGCAGUAUAAAACAUGUGAGAUGAUAGAGCACAUUGAUUCAUCAAUCCAGAGAAUAAUGGCACUGUCAAGGAAACUAACUACAAUGGAUGAACACAUUUCAAGUGACCAGUUGUACUUAUCUAAGGUGAGCGCAUUUUAUUUUGCUCGUCCUGUCAUCGGAAAUUGUAUGCUGACGACAAGUCGAACUAUUUUCUUAGGUUGGGAGAGAGCGGCAGAGGUAUGAUUUUGAUGAUUUUGAUGUUCCAACAAAAUUCAACAUUUAAAGCAAGGCCAUCUGUUCAUCCAAGAUUUUAUGAUCUGAAUGAUGCAUUGAAUUGGUCCAUCUGCCUUUUACCCCUUGUUCUUUCACUAGUGCAAAUGGCAGUUUGGUUUAUUUUACUCCUAGAUGGAGAAAGAGUUCAUCUAUGAUUCAGAGUCUUGUUAUGUAAAGGAUUAGCUGGGAGGAUGUUGAACUGCAUUUGCUUAUUAAACUAUUGACUCUUGCUUUACUGCAUUCUUUGCCCUUUUUUGUAUCCUGUCUGCGGCUUGAUGCAGUAAAAUGUUGUGGUCUCUGAAGUAAAAUAGCAAGAUUUGU